ACGUUGUUUCGUUAUAUAUAGUUAACAAAACAAUCCGUUUAUCGACAGAAACAAUAGAUAUAAUCCGUUUUGAGUGAGCACAUGAGACAGACAAACACUUUUAAUAACUAUAUGCACAUGACGAACAGAUUUAGGAAGCUUACUGCGUGAUCAUUUUCCAAAAUGGUCUAAAUUUUGAGAAAUAAAAACUUAAAAGCAACGGUACUGUAUAUAUUUUAAGGCUUUACAUUGUAUCUCUUUUGUUUUUAGUGUAGUUUUAAGAGUUUUGCGUCAUGGAGCAACUACGAGUCAUUUGACAUCCUUCCUCGUUCCUCGUAUGCAAAUGAUCCAUCGCUUCAUAUUUUCACAUGCACGGUGACUGGAUUCACUCAUUCAGCCAUGAGACUGACCAACACUGCUCUGCUCUUCCUCCUCAUCAUCCUCAGCUGUAAUGCACUGGCGCUUAAACCACAGCUCUUAGGCAGACACAUAGUCCAAAAAUAUUCUCAGCACACAUCUGUCUCGUACAAAACUUUCUAUUUUGAUCAACAGAUUGACCAUUUUGCCUUUUUGGAGAAUGGCACAUUUAAACAGAGGUACCUUCUUAAUGACCAGCACUGGCACAAGGAAGGAGGCCCAAUCCUGUUUUACACGGGCAAUGAAGGAGACAUCACAUGGUUCUGUAACAACACUGGUUUUAUGUGGGAUGUAGCAGAAGACCUGGGAGCCUUGCUGGUUUUUGCAGAACAUCGCUACUAUGGAGAGUCCAUGCCGUUCGGCGAGGAAUCGUACAGUAAUGCAAAGUAUCUGAACUACCUGACCUCAGAACAAGCUUUAGCUGACUUUGCAGUCCUCAUCAAAGCUUUGAAAAAAACCCUGCCUGGGGCUCAGAAGAGUUCAGUCAUCGCCAUUGGUGGCUCCUAUGGCGGGAUGCUGGCAGCCUGGCUGAGGAUGAAGUAUCCCAGUGCAGUUGUAGGUGCUCUUGCCGCGUCCGCUCCCAUCUGGCAGUUCAUUGUGCCAUGUGGAGAGUUUUACAAAGUGGUCACCCAGGACUUCACCAUCAGUGGGACCAACUGUAGCAACAACAUCAGGAGGUCAUGGGCAGCAAUUGACAGGGUCACAGCAACAGGUGAAGGUCUGCAGUGGCUGUCUGAGGAGUUUGGACUGUGUAGUCCUUUAAAGACUCCAGACGACGUGUACGGCUUCAAGGCUUGGCUGCAGGAAACCUGGGUGAACUUAGCUAUGGUGGAUUAUCCAUAUGAAGCCAACUUUCUUCAACCACUUCCAGCCUGGCCUGUUAAGGUGGUCUGUAAAAACCUUGAUUUUAAUACCGGCGUAUCAGACAAACAGCUGUUGAAAGGUAUCUUUAAAGCUGUAAGAGUGUACUACAAUUACACAGGACAGGCUGUCUGUCUCAACACUUCACAAACCGCUACUGGGAAUCUAGGCUUGCUUGGUUGGUUCUAUCAGAGCUGUACAGAGAUGGUAAUGCCAAUGUGUACAGACGGCGUCGUUGACAUGUUUGAGCCACAGCCAUGGAACUUCCAGGCUUUCUCCGACGAGUGCUACAACCAGUUUGGAGUGCGGCCACGGGAAGACUGGGCAGAAAUUGUAUACGGUGGAAGAAACAUAAAUGCUCACAGCAACAUCAUCUUCAGUAAUGGAAAUCUGGAUCCAUGGAUGAGCGGUGGAGUGACCAAGAGUCUGUCAGAAUCUCUGGUUGCCAUUAUGAUCGAUGGAGGUGCUCACCAUCUCGAUCUGCGCUACAACAGCGAGUAUGACCCAGAGUCAGUUCUCAAUGCACGGGCACUAGAAGUAAGCUAUUUAAAGCAGUGGAUCAAACAGGCAGCAACUACACAAUAAUAUGGAAUCAAGAUCAUUGAAAAUGAAACAAGGAUGUUAAGAAACAUGAACCAUUUCUGCUUGCUAUGUGCCAAAGUUAGUGGUCUCUUCCUUGGUACUUUUAUUAGGGCGUGGAUGCUAAGUUCUUUAUGGGGUUGUGGUUGAUCUUGUGGUCUUCAGAUUUUUUUUGUGUGUGUUAGUACAAACCAAGAAUGUUCAGUACGUUUUUAAGAAAAUUGAGGAACUGAAAGUGUCAGAAAACACCAAAUGCAAAACCACUCAGGGGAAGUGUCCUUUGCCAAAGUCUUGAAGUUGAAUUGAAGCAAUACUUAUCAUAAAUAUUCACAGUCAGCUAUGGUUUUUAACUAAAGUAUACUACAUUUCAAAGGGAUGGUUCACCAGAAAUUAAAAUGCAACUUCCUUGGAACUCAAAAGGAACAUUUUUCUAGAAAAAAAAAAAAAGGUCAUGUGACUUGUGUACCAAAUUUAAAGUUCAGCAUUUUUCAAAUGUUAUGUGUUGUGAUUGGUUACUAGACAUGCAAGUACCAAACAUACAAUUUGAAAACUACGAUAAAGGGGAUUAUUUCUGUUUUGAUAUGUUUUCUCACAAAGUUAUAGUAAAUACAAUAAUUGGAAUAUAGUAGGGCUGGCAAACGAUUAAUCAUAAUUAAUCGCAUAAAAUUGUCAUAGUUUUUAACAAUAUUUAUUAUCAUUUUUAUAGAAUUUAUAUUAUAUAUAAAUGAAAAUAACUUGUACAUAGAUACCAUAUUUCUCUUAAAUAUAUACAUGAAUGUGAUUGUAUUUAUAUAUAGAUAAUAAUUACACAUAGUACACACACAUAUAUUAGGCAAACUCAAACUUUUAUUUUGUAUGCGAUUAAUCGUUUGCCAGCCCUAGAAUAUAGUCAUGUAGACAAUGUUUAUGCUGGUUUUAUGUUUCUUUUUUGUUCUUUUUGGAUGUAACUGCAUGCCUCUGUUGCAUAGAAAAUAACAAUAUUAACAUUCUUCAUUCUCGUUUGGUGUUCCAAAUUGAGAGUGUCAGUAGAUGAAACAACUUCAAGCUUUUGGUCAUAAACCAUUCCUUUUGUUCAAUUGCAACAUAUUGGACAUAUUGGAACUCAAACAGUUUAUAAGUCACUGAAAUUAGCUGGAUCUAAUAUCAGUGAUUAGUGUUCCUUUUGUACAUAUUCGCCACAAGUCUUCUGUUUUCUGAACGAACUGUGUACACUCCUGGUUGUAGUAGUGUUGUUUUCUUAAUUUUGCACUAUUUUUUAAUGGAAAUAAUGAUGCAUGAACAUGAAUAACAAUAAAUGCAGAUGAAUGGA